AUGCCGAUAGAUGGAACACCAGCAGAUGACAAUACAGACGAAGCAGAGCUCCAAGAUAUGAUUCCAAGGGAGGAGGCAGACCAGUCCGGCCCACAUGAGCCGCUCCUCGCACCGACCGGCGCCUCUCCCGACUACGAGGCCGAUGACGAGAUUCCCGCAUCCGAACUCAGAUACUCCGGAGGGUGGUUCAUAUGGAUCUUGACCUUUUCGGCCGGUCUAAGUGGCCUAUUGUUUGGUUAUGACACUGGUGUCAUCUCCUCCACACUCGUGACCAUUGGCUUUGAUCUCUCCAAUCGCCCGCUGACGACCCUUGACGAGAGCCUCAUUACAUCAUGUACUAGCUUGUUUGCUUUGAUAGCCAGCCCCUUCACUGGCGUUCUGGCAGACAAGUGUGGCCGUCGUCGCGUUAUCCUCGUCGCUGAUGUCUUAUUUGCUGUUGGUGCACUGAUCCAGGCCUCUACAAGCCAGGUCUGGGGGAUGAUUGUGGGUCGCAGCAUUGUUGGUCUCGCGGUUGGCAGCGCGAGUGCUGUGACUCCAUUGUAUAUUUCAGAGGUGGCACCUUCACAUAUAAGAGGGCGGCUGGUUACAAUCCUGAGCCUGUUGAUUACCGGUGGUCAAGUCGUUGCAUACGUCAUCGGCUGGCUCUUUUCCCGAACUACUGGAGGCUGGCGCUGGAUCGUUGGUCUCGGAGCGGCACCGGCGUUUCUGCAGUUUGCGGUCCUUAUGAUUUUACCAGAAACUCCUCGAUGGCUCGUGCAGGCUGGUUUCGAUAACCAGGCAGUGGUCGUUUUGACACGGAUAUACCAGGACUGCCCAGGCUGUGACCGGGUCGUCCGCCGAGUCAUGCGCGACAUCAAAGGAGAGAUUGCCGAGGAGGCACUGGAGCUGGGACCGAGCAAAGUUCCAGGCACUCAACCACAGUGGCUCUACGAUGCCUCCCAGCGGGCGCGUGAUCUUUUCCAUAAUGGCGGCAAUCGCCGGGCCUUGACAAUCGCCAUGAUGCUCCAGGGUCUCCAGCAAUUGUGUGGCUUCAAUAGCCUGAUGUACUUUUCUGGGAUCAUUUUUACAGCCCUUUCUUUUUCGUCGCCGACGUUGACUUCUCUAACUGUGGCGGUGACCAACUUCCUGUUCACCCUAGUUGCUUUCGGACUGAUUGAUAGGAUUGGACGAAGGCGCAUUCUACUCUAUUCGAUACCAGUGAUGGUUGUUGCACUGGCCUUCUGUGCUCUCUCAUUCUCCUCAUUGGAUGUGUCCUGGGAUCCUCAGCCCCCUUCGCGCCAUCGAGACGCACCCGAUAAGCAGGGAGCAUUCUACCCCUUGAUGAUUCUGCUCUGCUUGACCAUCUACACCGCGGCCUACGCAUUCGGACUCGGCAAUGUACCCUGGCAACAAUCGGAGUUGUUUCCCCUAAAUGUGCGCUCCUUGGGAUCAGGCCUGGCUACUGCGACGAACUGGGGAUCAAACUUCCUUGUCGGACUCACCUUCCUUCCCAUGAUGAAGUGGAUGUCCCCAACUUGGACAUUCGCCGUCUACGCGCUUGUGUGUGCCAUCGGAUGGGUGGCAGUGCGUGCAAUCUACCCAGAAAUGAGUGGAAUGGGCCUCGAAGACGUCAAAGGCCUUUUGGCCGAUGGGUGGGGUGUGGAGGAAAGCCUGCGUCGUAGGGCCGAUGCUCAGCAAGAAUAG